AUGCUACUGAUCAAUCGCAAACCAAAACAAACAAUAUCAUACAAGAUAAGGAUGGAUGGACUACUAGAACACAACAAGAAUAGAAGUUUGUCUCAGCCAGUGACACCAAAAAGAAAAACAGCAACAACAUCAUCAUCAUUGUCAUCUGUUACAUCCCCUGAACACUCACAUUCAUUACCGAAUUCAGCACUUCGAAGAACACCCAUUUUCAAUAUUCAUCUACCCCCACGGGAAUUAUUUCAACAAGAUACAAAUGUCAUACCAUUGCAAGGUGAAAGGGGCAGAAGUAGAACCAAACCAUCUACACCAACUAAUCGUACCUCACUCACUCCAAGGAGAGCUAAAUCUUUGACACCAAGUAUACGAUCAGGAUCGUUAACUCCAAGAUCGAGAACAUCAUUAACUCCAAUGCAAUCAGGUAGAAGUAGUAGAAGAAGAUCAUCGAUUAUUGUGACCAAUGAAGGAGAAAAAUUGUAUAAAUCUGAUUAUCAAGGUCCUAUUACUUUGGAUUACUUAAGAUUUUUCUGUAAAGCACUGAUUCAAUCUGAGGAAAUGAUUAAAAUCAAGAAACAAGAAUUAACUAAUCCAUUCAUAGAUAAGGACACCAGCACUCCUGAAUUUAAUGUUGUGGAGAAUAUAGAAGAAGACACUAUAGAGGAUAUCCAAUUGGAGAAUGCUCCAUCUGAGCAAAAUACAGCCGAGAAUUUUAAUGAUUCACUUCAGAUACCGGAUGAUUAUGAACAAUUACUAGCGUCACCUCAAAGAGAAGCUAGUGAAAAUGAGGGUGACAUGUCAAUAGAAGAAGAAACGGAGCACACACCGGAGAAUAGUGAUGUAUCUUCACCUAUUGAAAUACCUAUAGUGAAACCAAGACCGUUAUCAUUUUUGCAAAAGAUAUUGUUGUCAAAGCAAAAACAGAGUUCAUUCUUGGGGAGUUUUGAUGAAGACGGAAAUGUGCCAAUAAAACAAGAAAUAGAAGUUAAGCAUAAUUAUGUGGAGGUUAAAGAAAAAGAUGCGAGCAUCAAAGAGGAGGAACAACAAAUUAAAGAAGAAGUUGUAACCGUUAAAGAAGAGAAAAUACAUCAAACAGACCCAACUGCCAGUGACAGACCAAUUGAUCAGUUCACAAUUCAAAGUGAUUCACAAAUUGACAAUCAGUUGUUCCCAGCAUGGACAAAACCUGAAAAGGAAAACACUCUAGGGUAUAGUAACAAAAUACUGCUGACUUUAGAACCUAGUAUUGAGAAUACUAUACAAGAAGGGCAGUUUGCAGAUGAUGAAUUUGAAACAAAGAAUGAAGUCUUGGAUGAUAGAGCCAAUUGGGAAGUUCCGGAACUUGAAUCUGAACAUAUUGUUGAUGAUGAAAUAUCAGAACAGUUUCAAGAAGAAGCAGAAGUCAUCGCUCCUGUUAACGAGGAUGAUUCAACAAGUGAAUCGAAAAUCAAUAGCGUCCACAAUAUGGAAGAUAGCAACAUCACACCUGAAGAAAUUGCUGCGGUAAAUGAUGAUUCAAGGCAAACACCAGAUGUUUCCACACCUUCACAUUUAGUAUCCUCAAAUGAGCAAAUAUUGCCAGCAGAUUCAGAUAGUUCUGCUGAUUUGUUUGUCCGUGAUGACGUAGAACAAGAAAAUGAUGAAAUAAUACAAGAAGAGUUUGUUCUUGACGACGAAGGGGAUGAUGAUGUUAAUGAAUCUAUCUUUAAUGAAAUUAUCAACGUAAAUACCUCCCAACAAGAUGAAAAACCAGAAUUCCUAUCAUCAGAACGCAUGCUUCCUAAAAAACGCAAGAUGACAUCCGUUCCUUCGGGUUUAGAUGUGAAUUUUCGUGAUGUAUCAUAUAUUGUUAAAUCUAUUCAAGCACAAAAUUUUUUUGAAAGUGACAUGCCACCAAAAAAGAAAACCAGAAAACCUAAAGCCUUUUCCAAAGAUAUCAUACUGUCUAUUCAAGACAAAUCAAAUGAAUUUCUUGAUAAUCUAAUGGAUGAUUUAAAGAGUUAUGCACAUCACAGAGGUUCAAAUACAGUCGAUAUGAAUGAUGUGUUGCUAUAUUUACAACGAACUAAAUUUACUGGUAAAUCGGACACUUCAGAUCAAGAAAUAGAUCAGAUCUCAGUGUUGGCACAAAGAUUUUUACCGCUUGAGGAUUUAAUUGCAUUGGAUAACGAUUUGUAUGACUCUGUUUCGUUGAAUAAAUAA